AUGGGGAUUUCUCUCACGUACACCUUGGAAUGUCACUCAUUAUCAGACGACGAGCCUGAGCCGGCAGAUGAACAUUAUGAACUGCAGCCUGUCGAAGAUCCCGUCAAAGCGGCUCGUGCGCUCUACAACUUUGAAGGAAAGGCUGAAUUCAGGGAACUGACCGUCGAGGCUGGAGAUGAACUGAACAUUUUGAAGGAGGAGGCCGGAGAUGGCUGGAGUUUGGUGAGAGUGAGCUCUGGUGAGAUAGGACUUUUGACUCAGACAUAUUACACGUGCGCGACUAGUUUUCUUUCUGCACCGUUAGCCGUUCAUGGGAGAAAUGAGCCACCUAUCAGCACGAUCACUCCACAAGCAUCUUUCCAGCAUCAGUCAAAGCCACUUUCUAUCGUCCCUCAGGAUACCGGUGAAUGGACGAACCCUCUCCCAAGUUUCAGGCAAAGCCUUCUUAGAGGCAAGACUCUGAAUCGGUUCUCCGGGUUCGUGACAAGUGGUGCAGAAGAGUGGGUUCUCGAAGGCUACGUCGAUCCAGUCAUUCCAAGUUCAUCCUCUUCACACCAGCAGAUCUCUACGGAAGACUCCAUCAAUGAUGAUAAUACUAGGCUCAGCAGACUUGGGCUGGGGAAGCAGACGCUGGCCCUGCGCCUUUCAGGAGCAUAUACCAUGUAUAGCGUUACUUCACUGUUUUCUUCGGCUACAGAUGAAUCAUAUGAUCCAUACAUCCCACCGAUCUCUCCUACCCGCAUAACAGUUCAACGGCGGUUCUCUCACUUCAUCGUGUUACACACUUCAACUAAACGUCUUCCCGGUAUUGCGCUCCCACCACUUCCUGAGAAACAGUAUGCUGGGUGGUUCAGUGCUGUUUUGUCGAGGCUCGUAGAUCGACGGCUUCUCUUGAUCGACGGUGUGGACGAGGCCCAGCGCCGGUUAUCUGGAGCUGGUCCACCCGAUAGCAGCCCGGCUGUUUGGAUACCCUGCUGGAUCCGCAAGACGCCUGCUCAUGUGAAGAAAAAGAAGAUUGCACAGGCUGCUUUGAAUGAGAGCCCGGUUUUCAUUAAACAUUUGUUGCGCAGAGGCACUCGUCGAUAUGUGACCCAGGGCGCCUCUCGUGUCACAGUUCCACAAAGAUCUGCAAGGUCUGCGAUGGGGUCUACCGCAUUUAGGCCUUCCGAUCGUCUUUCUUCUCCUUCCUCGCGGGGAAGCGAAUCUUUGCGGAAGACGUAA